CGCCAUGGCCAUUGAGGCCACCACCGACGCCAGCACCGGCACCAGCGCCGCCUUUGCCGCCUUUGCCGCCGACAGCACCGACCUCAACACCGCCACCGACACCAGCUCCGCCUUUGCCGUUGAGUCCAGCUCCAACGCCACCACCGACGCCACCACCAACGCCAGCUCCUACCCCAGAUUGAGCACCUGGCGAGCAUAGUCAGCAUAGAGUUCCAAAUGCCAGUUCCAGACAAUUCAAAACCUACCGCCCUUUCCAUAGCCAGCCGAACCUGCAGCCGGAGAGGUUUGGUUACCUGCGUUUCCAUACACUGGGACUGGGGACGAAGCUCCAGCUUCGACGUUCCCCUUGGCAGCACCAUAACCCUCGGCGGCUCCACCGACGGUCGGGAUAGCGGCACUGAUGGCCACGGAGGCAAAUGCCAGCUGAGUGAAGAUGUAGGAGUAACGCAUAUUGUCGAGAGGAUUGGGGGUGAGUGAGAUUGAGAACCGUCUAAAAGGUAGGUAAUGUAGAACGAAUGUGUUAAUUUGAGGGUGCGGAAUGCACGAAAACGAGAGAUUGCUGGAGCGAAGGGUGGGAGGCGGACGGGCGAUGGGCGAUGAUGCUGAUGAUGCUGUUGAUGCUGAUGAUGGAGAGAGAUGUUGGAUGAU